GUUUCACGUGACAUGGUCUGUUGUUGUCAGUUAGCUCAGUAGCUGCACAGUAGGAAAACAGAGCCAGAAAAUAAAAUUUAGAAGCACGAGUUUGUGAAAAUACGGACAAAAAUUAAAAGUUGAGUGUGUUUUAUAACACUGUUAUAAUAUGCUGCUUUGUAUAUAACGGCUUUUUGGGCACUGCGAACAAUGAAUGUUCCUCUGUGAAGUAGCAUUGAGCACCAGACAUUUGUUGAACUUGGGUCUGCGCUAAAGAUGAAUGCUCUGGUGGCUCUCUGUCACUUCUGUGAACUCCAUGGCCCCAGGACACUGUUCUGCACCGAGGCACUACACCCUCCAUCCCCAUCCCCUUCGUCCCAGGCAGGGAUCCCGACACCUGGGGACAGGGACAGAGACGGUGACCGGGAAGGUGAAGGGCUGACCAUGAGAGCCAACAGCUCAGCCACACAGAGGGGAGAAAUGUGUGAGGGAUGUCGAUCUCUCCCUGCAUCCCACCCAGGCUUUGUGAGCAUUGACGAUGAAACAGGCAUUCGCUUCCUGAGCCACCAGCAUCCCAGACAGCCACAGCUGUUCAGCGUGGUCCGCCAGGCCUGUGUACGCAGCCUCAGCUGUGAGGUAAACAGUGACGUGUGUCCAGGUCGCGAGGGGCCAAUUUUCUUUGGAGAUGAGCAACACGGUUUUGUGUUCUCACAUACCUUCUUUAUUAAAGACAGCCUGGCCAGGGGCUUUCAGCGUUGGUACAGUAUUGUCAUGGUAGCCAUGGACAGGAUCUACCUUAUCAACUCCUGGCCUUUUCUGUUACGCCACCUCAGACUCACUAUACAGAGCCUGCAGAGCACAGCCCUCAAGGUGUUUGACAGUGAACAAGGAGUUUGCCCCCAGCGAGCUGUGAGGAUGAACAGUGUGUUUUCACCUGCAGUUUUCCCUCAUCAAAGGAGUGGUAACGCAGCCCGAUCACUAACUUCUCUUACUCAGCAUCCUAAUCUCUGGGCGAGCCUGCACUCCUCCUUUAGCUGGCUGCUGAAGGCCUGUGGUAGUCGUCUGACAGAGAAGCUGCUCGAGGGGGCCCCUACUGAGGACACACUGGUGCUCAUAGAGAGACAGACAGAACAAGAGGAGGAAAUGAGCUGCUGGGAAGGAGCAGAAGGAGGCACUUCAAAGUCACAGCGACACCAGUCAGAGAGCGAGCUGGGCCAUGACUUCCUGUGUGACGAUGCAAAAUUAGAUGAAUUACCUGGUCCAAAAUUCAGGUCACUAAGACACUUGAGACAGGUCCUCGGAGGUGCUGAGUUUCGUCAACUGGCAUGGCACGUGCUCAUGGGAAAUCAGGUCAUAUGGAGAGGCUCACACCCUGGACUCAUCCAAUCAGCGUUUAUUGUACUCAAGUCUCUGCUGCCAGUUGGCUGUGUGCGGUCAGUGCCAUACAGUGAUCAGUAUGAGGAGGCCUACAAAUGCAACUUCCUGGGUCUCAGCCCAGAUGUGCCCAUUCCAGCCCACGUCAGCUCUUCAGAGUUUUCACUGCUGGUGGAUGUCAGCACAGACAGAAACUGUCAGAUCUCAGCUGUAGGUGACGACGAUAUCUGCUCGCUGUAUCAGUUCACCAUCAGCAGUGCCAACACACAGCCCACAGACAGGGGUCCAACAUUACUAAACAAGCUCGAGGUGGCUCUGUCUAACGAGAACUUGUCUGUGGACGUCGUAUCUCACUGCCUGCUGUGUUUGAAGGAGGAGUGGAUGAAUAAAGUCAAAGUGCUGUUCAAGUUCUCCAAAGUGGAUGGGCGAGGGAGGGAGGACACCCAGAAGGUUCUGGCCCUCCUUGGCGCCACAGGGCCGGGCGAGGAGGACAACGUCAGGCUCCUCAAAUUCUGGAUGACCGGACUCAGCAAAACCUACAAGAGUCAUUUAAUGACAGCUGUUCGAGGAGGGGAGAGGAGCCCCAGCCAGUGACAAAGAGAAGAGGGACGAGGGGUUGGACUGGGAGUUAGCAGGGGGUGAUGGAAAGGGAGAGUAAAAGAGAGGGGCAAUACUGAAGAAAGGAAAGCGAAAGCAAGGGUCUGUUUUGUUAACUGUUGGGGACUUUCUGUGGAAUGCACAGGGUCUGUGAAUGAAUGAAUGAGAUGCUUUGGCUCAUCCAUUAUUGUCUUUUAACUAAUGAGAAUGUAUUGUGCAGCUAACCCUGAUUAUUAUCCUGCACAGAUUAACACAGUUGGGAUAAUGUAUGAGGGCUUUUGUUUGUCAAAGGGAAAUAACUGUAGGAGACUUCAUACUAAUAUGUAAAGUUUAACUUAUUACAAAAAGCUUUGCACUUUGUUUACUCUUUCACUGAAGUUUUAAAAUGAAAUAAAUGAAUGUGAACGGUGAA